AUGAUGGUCGACUACGACAGUCGAUGCCGCAAAGAGGUUUUCCAGAAAUCGUUGGUCACCUGCCAGGUGUGUUUCGAUGAUUACUUUGGCAGUGAAUGCGUCCAGUUCACCCCCUGCGAUCACGUAUUUUGUCGCGACUGUUGCAAACUCCACUUCAUGUCGCAGAUCAAAAAUGGUAAUGUCGCCGGCGUUUCGUGCCUGUCCUCGGAUUGCGCGACGCCUCCCGAUUUCAGCAUUUUGAAAUCGCUGGUCGGCGAGGAACUCUUCUCCAAUGCCAUGGCGGACAUCAUUUACUGUCCUCGGAUGGUCUGUCAGAUGCCGGUGGUGAAAGAAGACGACCAAGAUAAUUUGGCGACAUGUUCUUUUUGCGGGUUUUCCUUUUGCCCUCUUUGUCUCAAAGGGUAUCAUGGAGUGAUGCCAUGCAACAUUGUAAAUUUGCAAGAAGUUGUGAGGAAGUACAUGGAAUCCUCACCGGAAGAAAGAAAGUGCAUGGAGAGGAGGUACGGCAAGCAGCAGCUUGUGAACGCUACCAAUGAACUGAGUAAUGAAAAAUGGAAAUCAGAACACAGUAAACCGUGUCCCAGCUGCAAGGCGCCGAUCGAGAAGAAUUAUGGUUGCAAUCGAAUGCAAUGCCUAAAAUGCGGUGAGAACUUUUGCUGGUUGUGUGGCAGACCUCUUGGGUCGUCGCCAUAUGCGCAUUUUAUUGAUCCUUUGUCUCCGUGUUUCAACUUGCUUCUAGAAGGUAUCGAGCCCGAGGAUGAUGAUGAGAUGAUUUUGGAUGACUUCGCCAACGAUAAUUAA